CGGUGGGCCGCGGCCAAUGAGGGCGGUGGCGCCGCAAGGGGCGGGCCCGGCGCCGGGGGAGGCUGUUUAAAGUGGCGCCUGCGGCGCGCGAAGGGAAUGGCGGAGCCGGCGGACUAUCCCCCGUUCCAGCUGGGGAAGCCCCGCUUCGAGCAGACUUCAUUUUAUGGCAGAUUCAGGCACUUCUUGGACAUCAUUGAUCCGCGCACUCUCUUUGUUACUGAGCUGUGGGGAGCUCAAAAAAUAAAGCAGGCCAUCAUCCAUCCUGAUACAAAUGAGACCAUCUUCAUGCCUUUCCGAAUGUCAGGUUACAUUCCUUUUGGAACACCCAUCGUUGUUGGUCUUCUCUUGCCCAACCAGACGCUGGCAUCCACUGUGUUUUGGCAGUGGUUGAAUCAGAGCCACAAUGCCUGCGUCAACUAUGCAAACCGCAACGCGACAAAGCCUUCUCCGACAUCCAAGUUCAUCCAGGGCUACUUGGGAGCUGUCAUAAGUGCUGUCUCAAUAGCAGUGGGCCUUAAUGUUCUGGUUCAGAGAGCAAACAAGUUUACCCCUGCCACUCGUCUCUUGAUCCAGAGGUUUGUGCCAUUCCCUGCUGUCGCUAGUGCCAAUAUCUGCAAUGUUGUCCUGAUGAGGCACACAGAACUGGAAGAAGGAAUUGACGUCUUGGACAAUAACGGAAACAUUGUUGGGUCUUCUAGAAUUGCUGCAAAACAUGCACUGAUAGAAACAGCCCUGACUAGAGUCGUCCUGCCAAUGCCUAUACUGGUUCUACCUCCAAUUAUUAUGUCCAUACUGGAAAAAACAUCGCUCCUGAGGUCCCGGCCCCGGAUGAUUCUCCCAGUCCAAAGCCUUGUGUGCCUCGCUGCCUUUGGCCUGGCCCUCCCCUUGGCCAUCAGUCUCUUCCCGCAGAUGUCCGAGAUUGAGACAUCUCGGCUGGAGCCAGAAAUUGCAAUGGCCACUACCAGUAAGACUGUAGUCUACAAUAAAGGAUUGUAAGUGGAAGUGGACCAUCUCAGCCCAGAAGAUUUGGGGAGGGAAAGGGGGAAACUUAAGGUCCCGACUGGGAAAAAGAAAACAUCAAGAUAAAACAAAUAAUAGAGCUCAGCGAUAGUAACGUAUUACUGCUCCUGGCGAACUGGGAGUAAAUUAACACUUGCAGAGAACUGACACCUCACACCAGUCAAAUAGAUUAAUAUUAAAAAUUUUAAAUUAGCAACAGGAGCAGCAACAAAAAAAUCACGUUGAAACACUUUAGAGAACUAGCUAAAGAGGAAUCUCAGAACUUAAUAGCGCUGCAUGGAGGGAUGUUUAAUGGUGUGUUUACGUGGUUAUACCUAACUACAUGAAAGCAGGCUUCACCAAGCAAAUUUUAUUUUUGAUGCAAAUUAAAUCUCCACACUGAUGCUGCACAAAAGUAAUUCCAUAGAGAUCAACGGGUGCAUGAAUGUGAAGCGCUUGAUAAGGUGUUUGAUAAGUGUCCUGUAUUGAUUUCAUGCCAAUCCUGCCCCAGUGAUCAUGCGCAAAAGUAGCCUUCCAUGGUUCAAUGUGCAGUGCUCCAUUAGCACAGCGAAGGACAUAGCCUGUGUGCCCUUCUUCCCUCCCUCCUUCUUCUGCAGAUGGUCCUGGCGGCAUCCUGUCAUUCACUGCACUUGCAAAGCUUAGUGCCACAGGAGCUUACCGCUGGGCAUAUCCACAAGGGCCCGGGUUUCAAGAUACUGGAAAGCCAACAUGCCCACAUGUUGAGUAGGAAGGGAUUGUACAAUAAAACAUAUGAUCGAUCCGCUCUUCUUUGCACAGACGGGAAGGAUGGAGUUUGUCCCACCUAACACAGACCCUCUAAAAGUAAGGUUGUUAAUCUCAGCUGAUUGGCUAAGCCAUGCUUUACUAACCUAGUUGUCCAAGGACAGAAUAUGCUUAACUUUCGAUCAGCCCUGAAGCGGUCAGGCAGUUGGACUAGAUGAUCAUUGUAGGUCCCUUCCAACUGGAACUCUUCUCUUCUCUUCUCUUCUCUUCUCUUCUCUUCUCUUCUCUUCUCUUCUCUUCUCUUCUCUUCUCUUCUCUUCUCUUCUCUUCUCUUCUCUUCUCUUCUCUUCUCUUCUCUUCUCUUCUCUUCUCUUCUCUUCUCUCUUCUGUCCUCCUUCUCUUCCUCCUCCUCCUCCUCCUUCUCCUUUCUUCCUCUUCAUCUUCAUCUUCCUCUUCUUCUCUUGUCUGUUUUUGCCAGUGCUUUCAGCCAGCAAAGCCAACGUUGCCCAAAGCCUUGCUGCAGUGCAGAGGAGGAUCACAAAGCAGAAACCAGUGGGCAGGACAGCUUCACCUGGCAGCCGUGCCAAGCUGAUGGCUUCAUGAGACUGCAACCUCAGAGGGAUGAAGUGCCCUCUGGAGAUAGCUGGCUGCCUGGCUGUCUCUUCAACUGCUCCACUUUGGGGUGUUUAAAGUGAGGCGGGGCACGUCCCCCCAGCGCUGCACUGAAUCCUGCCCUUGCAUGGGUUUGGGGCCAUAAUUUGGCUUUCUGGUAUUUUGUACCCGAGAGUAAACCCCAGGUGACUCCCUGAGGGCCAGAGAAGUCAAUGUGGAUUUUUAACAUAGUCACCAGCAGAAGACCAUGCCAAUAGUGAGCUCUGCCUCUGGGAUCAUUGUAGGGAUGGAGCUGCGGUGGUGAUAAACGCACAGGCUAUCAUCCUUCAGAUGCCAGUUUGUUGGGGGGUUUGGGGAGGGUGGGGGGAGCGAGGGAAACCAAAUUGCCACUGACACAGAAUGUAUUUGAAAGAUUUAUUGCAAUGCUUGAAAUUGGGAGGCCUGAGCCCUGCCGUGUGCUCCUCCACUGCUGACUGCUCGCACUCCCUACUGGAGUCAGACCUGUAGGAACUGGAGUUACGCAACGGUCAGGCCAGCUCAGGAAGACUGAUUCUGUCCCCACACUGGUGUAAAUCAGAAAUAAUUGCACAAAACAAAUAAAUUUUGCGGAUUUACAUGCCAGUGUGCAGGGGAGGAGAGGCCAGCUCUGGGCUCUCCACAGCUACUGUUGAUGGGCCAGCUCCCGGUCACCGACACUGGUGGAAAUGCAGAGUGGGUCCAGUUACACUCAUGGAGCUAUUCUGGAUUUACACCAGGGUAAGGGACAGCUGGAUUUCACCCAGUAGAGUUCUUCUAAUGCACUAGAUGAGAUGAAUGUAUGCUCUGGAGGAAACAAAGCCACCCCAUCUGCUCCAGGUGGGAUUUGGAGAGGCUGCAGGGAGGUGGCGUCUGUCCUAUGGACAUUUUCAUGGGCAUCUGUCCCACGGGCAGCACAGUGCAGAAUCAGGCCCCAUAUUUUGCCCUGGGAGUAACUCACUCCCCGCAGCAUUGAAAGAGGGGGACAGCCUUCCAGCCCCAGGAAGCAGGGCGGGGAUGCUGGCAAUCCCCAAACAGCAUCCUGCUGAUGGGAACCACAGUGGUGAGUCUUUGGAGAGUCAGCUGGGAUGAGCUGUGUGCCUGGAAAGGGCCCUUUCCAUUGCUGCAGGGGGUGGGAGGAGGUGAGGACCACUGUCAGGUGCUGAGGGUACAGGUACCCCUUGCACACACAUGCACAUGUGUGUGCAGCAGGGAGAGAGCUACUCUGAGUCUCAGACUUCAAUUUACAGCUCCGCUGAGCCUGCAGAAGUUAGAAGCCAAGCCGCAUCAUGUUGCACGGAGGCACAACUUGCAUUCUUCCUCCUCCUGAAUGGAAAUGCGAGGCUGAGACAGAAACAGCCUCUUGUGUUGACAGGGAGAAGCCUCCUGGCUCCGGUGCCUGUCUGGGUGGAUCAUUUCCCCUUCCCCAGUGGGUUUUGUUGCUGCCUGAACCAUUCUGCUGCAAGCUUGUUCAUCCCAGGCUCUGAUUUUUGGGGGUGGGGGAGUGGGGAGGGAGAAGCGAUGGAGACUGCACUUUGCUGUGAGGUUUCAGAGAGGUGGAGGAGGGAGGGAGACCCUGAUUUGGUUUUGCAUCAUGAUCACCAGUCAAAGAUUUUGGUGGCUGUGAGCUCCAGCUACCUGCAGGGCCCACAGAUGGAGCGAGGAAUUUGCAGUGGGGGAGAGGGGUCGGGGUUUUGCCUGCUAUGGUUCUUUAGGAGACACCCAAGGAAAAGCAUGGAUUGAGCAAGUUCUGCCUCGGGAAGGAGCCAGUUCCGAAUUUUCUCUAUGAUGGGGAGCAAGUAUGGAUGUUUUCCCUACACACACAUCACCUGCAGAGUUCCAGCUGCACCAGCUGUUAAUUGGCAGGGGGUGCUCAUCGUGUUAAUCCAGUGAUGCUUAAUAAGGACUGCACUGGUUUGGAGGAGGAUAGAUUUAGGGCUUAUUAAGCCACACGGCUCCUGUGACUCAUGAGGGCCUGAUCCUGCUUGAGGGGGUGAGGACCAGCUUGAGGGAUGUCAGAGGAACUGCGCUGCGAGAUUAUGGCUCGGCUCAAAAGCAGCUGCACAGUCGAACAAAUGACAAUCAAACAGUCUAAAUGAGUCUGGAUUUAUCAUCUUCCCGUACAAACCCCGUCAAACUUGUUUCACUGUAUGUGUCAUGAAAAUGGGUCUCAGUCAACUCGGCAGAGUUUGUGCUGAGAAAUAAAUACAUCCCAGGGUCCUGAGUCAGGCGUUUUCUGGUGUUUAUGUCUAAGAGCCGGAGCAGGCAGCCCAUCACAGCCUCUGGCAGGCUGGCAACAGCGUUUGCUCUCAGAUUUUGUUCAAAUGCAACUCAGAAUGUUGUGCCCCAUACCCAAAGCGCUGGGAAGAUGCUCCUGCUUGGAGCUGGGAAGGGAGAGCCACCACCGCAUGGGGUUCAGUUCCCUUUUCUCACCUCUUCUGGGAGCAUCUGCAGGUCUUGCCUUGCGAGUUGGCACUUGCAAUCAGUGAUACCCAUGAAGCUGGGGACCUGAGGACUUGACCUCGCAUCUCCCAAAACCACAUGCAUCCUCUGCCUCUGGACAGUCAGGAUGGUGCAGACCCAUCUCUUGCUGCCCUUCCCCUCGCUGUCCCCUGGCUUGGUGGUGAGUGGGACAAGGUGCAUGCAUGAAGAGCACAUUUUGGUGGCCCCAUGGUCCCAAACUCUUGGGCACCACGAGACCACGGUGUCCCCAUGCUGGGACGCUGAAGCUGCCUGAUGCAGUUCAGCUUUGGAGCCACCACCAUCCCAACGCAAGUGGGUGUCAAGAUGCAUUUUUAUUGAAAAGCAGCAGAAUGGCUCAGCAGACACCGACCUGACCCUUAUGGAUCUUAAAAGACCAUUUUGCUAGCAGGGGGCUCAUGGUUGGGCUCCCUCGUGCAGCGGUUCCAGCACUGGCUGGGCACAGUUGCUGCCGUUCGUGGUGGGACCGCCAGUGAGCACCUAAAUACCAUGUUCAACUCUUCUAUGUUAGAAAUGAAAAACAUGGAGCUGGGAGAGCGGCAGCACAUUAGUUCUGUUUAUUAGGACAGCAAGUUGUGCCAGAAAAGACUACACACAACAGCUAAUGAUAACAUUAUGCACAUUCACUUAAUAACUAAUUAAUCUCUUAGACUUUCCUAAUGUACAAAAAGGAGCCUUCGGUUUGCAAGAACAACCCAACCAUUUGCAUUUCUUAUUUCCUAUAAUUGGGGAAGUGGAAGAAACGGAGAGCAAAAAACCCACCACACAUAUCAAGUUGUUCACCUUGGCAGAUAAUAAUAAUGAGAUGAUCAUCUCCUGUAGUAUUUAAUUAGAAAUGUCGCAGUUAAUUGAUUUCUUGGAUAUGUUAAUUAAGAAAUAAUGAGGACCAGGUUGCAGCAAAAGGUGCCAGCGAGAAGUUUGGAGUCUCUCCUGGAAGAUGUGUCUGUUGGCUGCUCCCUGAGCCGGCCGGGGGACAACCAGGGGACAACCUGGGGGUUGUGUCACCCACGUCCCAGACUCACCUUUCAGCUUGGGCACAGCUCAGCUCCUUCCGUUUUUGCUUAUUGCUUAUUUUUCUGCUCCACAUUCCUGUGUGUGGCUGGGCGCGGGCAGAUGCCCAGCUCCUGGCAGGACGGGCAGCAGGUCACCCUGUUUGCUGCCCAUCCCAGCGCUGCGCAUCGUUGGGAUGCAGGAUGAGCCACCAGAUGCUGGACCCUGCUGCCCUGGGACAAGCGACACUGGUAGAUCUCAGGGUUGUACCAAUGCCACAUAGAUGAGAGAUGUAGGUGUCCCCUCCACUUCGAUUGGCUCCUCUCAAAGGGCUGUGAUGGAGAUCCGGAGCCUGGGAUGCCCUUCAGCUACACAGGGGGAACACAGGGGCUGCCGACAUGUUGCGGUGGGACCCUGAGAGCCUUUGAGCAAAGUUUUUUAGGCUACAAAGAAGCCCACCUGAGAAGCUGGCCUGGCUCUGAGGGUGUUCCCAGUGUCAGGUGUGGAGGCCUGAAGUGGUCCUGGUGGUGCAGAUGCCCCCCAGCCCUGGGUAUCUCCAGGGGGUCGCUUUAGGCAACGUCCACUUUUGGCUUUUUUUCCCCUUUUCUAUGGCUUAUUCUGCACCCAGCACCCUCAGCCGCCCCUCCUCACGCCAUCACCCUCCGGCACCCAGUCCGAAUGCACCUUAUAACUGCGCCAAUGGCAAGUCCCUGGGGACGCGGCGAGGGGGUCACCUGCCAGCACCCGCAUGUCUUCCAGCGGCCAGUGUCCCUCGGCCGCCCUCGGGCACCUGCCCUGUGCACCGGCUCUUUUUAACCUUCUCAGUAGAGUUACUGACCACGACACUCUGUGUAACGCUCAGACCUGUCUGGAAUAAAAAAGUUUGAAGAGG